AAAGUCUCCAAAAAUUUCAACUCACAACAACCUUCAUUUUCUCACUCACACGCGGCUUUCACAUUUCUAUAUGUCUCUCCACUUCUCUCUUUCCCCAUACAAACCGUUUCAUUGUCUCUCUCAUUUCAACUUCAACUUCCCAAUUUCCUUCUUCCUAUAAACCAAUGUCUUGUUCCUAUUCCUAUUCCUAUUCCUAAACCCUCCUUAUCCACUCUUCAAAAACGACCAUGCCGUUUCCUUGGAAGAAGAAAAAAAACCGAGUCACACGAAUUUCGCAAUUCGUCGCUGAUUUUCAAUCCCCACAACGCACAAGUUCCCUUGUCGUUCAAACCGGGUUCCCCACUUCUCUUAUCGAUCUUUUCGCUAAAAACCGUAUCCGGUUCAAAAACUCCACUUUUAAUAAACCGGUUCGCUCUGAAAUCAUUGAUCCGUCAUCGUCACCUUCACCUCCUCCACCGCCACCGCCUUCUCCGGUCACAACUCCACCGUCAGUUUCAGAGUCACCUAUUCAUGACGCUUUUUCUGAAGAGAUUUUGAAUCCGUUAAUCGGAGAAAACACCGACGACGGCGCCGGUAAUGUUGCUCAGGUUAACAAACGCCGUUCAUCGUUUCGUUCAAAGUCGAUUAUCGUGAAGAUUUUGACGGUUAUUAUUCUAGCGGCGAGUGUUAAGGAGUUAACGGUUGCGAUCACCGUGUCGGCGUUUGCGUUACUGUUUCUAGAAAACGCAUUGAAACGUGUCGUUUCGUUUUUAAAGCCUUGUUCGAACGUUUUCGUUUCAAUUGAAUCAUUGUUCCAGAAGAUUCCGUUACAUCUUAAAGCAAAGCCGGUUCACAAGCCCGUUUUGAAUGAUGGUGAAAUUGAAUUGUUGAAUUUGAAUUCAAAUUUGGAUUUGAAUUGUUGUGUGAAUGAUGAAAUUGAAGUUGUUGAAGAAAAGAGCGAGUUAGGGAUUUGUCGCGAAUUGGAGGAUUCAUCGGUGAAGGAGAUAGUUGAAGAGAAGUAUAUGAAGGAGAGGAUCCAAUUCCGUUCUCGAAGUGGUAGAUUUAAGGCAACAAUGGUGAAGAAACUUCAGAAAUUUCGUAGUUUUAAGAGAGAGAAGAAAGAAGAAGAAAAGGGUAAUCAGUGUAACAAUGUUCGUCUGGACGCUAGUAAUAACAAAGAGAAUGAAAUCGAAUCGUGUAGCGAUGUUUCAAGUGUUAUGUAUGAAGAAGAAGAGGUUAAAAAUGAAAUUGUUUGUGGAAUCAAUUGCACUAGAGAAGAAUCAAUCAUUGUUGUUGGGAAUUCAAGUUAUGCAAUUUUGAUUAUCAUUGCACUUAUUGGGCUCAUUUUGGGACGUUUACAAGCAUUGUUUCUUACAAUUGGAUGGUGUCUUUUGGUUAAGAUGGUUAGAAGUAUAUGGAGAUCAAAGAAUGUUUCUUCUCUUGAUGGAGUCAAAUUGGGUGGUUUGGAUCAUUGAAAUCAUGUUUGUGUGAUGAUAGGAACUCCAACCAUUUGUUGGAAAUCCAACUUGAUGGGUUGUAUUUUUAGAUAUGUAAAUUUGUUUACUAUAGAUAGAUACUAGAAAUUACAUUGGAUAGUGAAUACUCACUUCUUUCUUAGUUUUGAAUAAGAAAUUACUUUUCAUAUAC